CAAAUUAAUGAAUUUCAACUAAAAACAAUGGCAACAUACCCAAACUUGAAACGAUACUAGCGCUGCCAGCAUAAAAAUCCUUAAACCCUACAACGCAAGAAAAACAACUUCCCUUGUCUUGCACGAAACAACAUCGUAUCCCAUUUCAUCUCCAACAACAAAAACAAGAUGGACGUUCGCGACCUAGCAUACCGUUACUUAACACAACUAAACCACGUUUCCACCACACAAAUCAUCGCACGUGCCGUCCACGCACACAUCCUCACCUCCGGUUUCAAGCCCAACACUUUCAUCCUCAACCGUCUCAUCAAUAUCUACUGCAAAUCCUCCAACAUCACUUACGCCCGCAAACUGUUUGAUAAAAUUCCCAAACCAGAUAUCGUCGCUCGAACCACCCUUCUCUCUGCUUAUUCCUCCUCUGGUAACGUCAAACUAGCUCAGCAACUCUUUAAUGCCACCCCACUUACCAUCCGUGAUACUGUUAGUUACAAUGCCAUGAUCACUGCGUAUUCUCAUGGUAACGAUGGACACGCUGCGCUUAAUCUCUUCGUUCAAAUGAAAAGAUACGGCUUUUUACCUGAUCCAUUUACGUUCUCCAGCGUGCUUUCUGCUCUAUCAUUGAUAGCGGACGAAGAGCGGCAUUGUCAAAUGCUACAUUGUGAGGUUAUCAAAUUGGGAACAUUGUUGAUACCAUCUGUUACGAAUGCACUUUUAAGUUGCUACGUUUGUUGUGCUUCUUCGCCUUUGGUGAAAUCAUCACAAUUGAUGGCUUCUGCUAGGAAGGUUUUUGAUGAGACUCCUAAGAAUCAGAUAUAUGAACCUUCGUGGACUACUAUGAUUGCUGGUUAUGUUAGGAAUGAUGAUCUUGUUGCAGCACGUGAGCUUCUCGAUGGAUUGACUUACCCUAUUGAUGUUGCUUGGAAUGCUAUGAUUUCUGGUUAUGUUCGUCGUGGUUUAUAUGAAGAGGCAUUUGACACGUUUAGAAGAAUGCAUUCAAUGGGAAUUCAGGAGGAUGAGUAUACUUACACCAGUUUGAUUAGUGCUUGUGGUUCUUGUAAUGAGAAAAUGGGGAUGUUCAAUUGUGGAAGACAGGUGCAUGGUUAUAUUCUUAGGACAGUGGUGGAGCCGUCACAUCAUUUUGUUUUGUCUGUUAACAAUGCUUUGAUUACUUUCUACACUAAGUAUGAUAGAAUGAUAGAGGCGAGGCGAGUCUUUGAUAAAAUGCCUGUGAGAGAUAUUAUUUCCUGGAAUGCUGUUUUGUCUGGGUAUGUCAAUGCGCAGCGCAUUGAGGAAGCUAAUUCAAUUUUCAGUGAGAUGCCGGAGAGAAACGUGCUGACUUGGACAGUGAUGAUAUCUGGUUUGGCGCAGAAUGGUUUUGGGGAAGAAGGUUUGAAGCUGUUCAACCAGAUGAAGUCAGAGGGACUAGAACCUUGCGAUUAUGCUUUUGCUGGGGCAAUUACAGCUUGUUCUGUUCUUGGAUCAUUGGAUAAUGGACAGCAAAUUCAUUCACAGGUAAUUCGAUUGGGUCAUGAUUCGGGCCUCUCCGCCGGCAAUGCGCUGAUUACCAUGUACUCAAGGUGCGGUGUUGUUGAGUCUGCUGAGUCCGUGUUUCUCACAAUGCCUUAUGUGGAUUCAGUAUCUUGGAAUGCCAUGAUUGCAGCCCUUGCACAACAUGGACAUGGUGUCAAAGCCAUUGAGCUUUUUGAACAGAUGAUGAAGGAAGAUAUAUUGCCUGAUAGGAUAACUUUUCUCACAAUUCUUACUGCUUGCAAUCAUGCUGGCUUGAUCAAAGAGGGACGCCAUUAUUUUGAUACGAUGUGUACCCGUUAUGGUAUAACCCCAGGAGAGGAUCAUUAUGCCCGUUUGAUUGAUCUGUUAUGUCGUGCGGGUAUGUUCUUAAAAGCACAGAGUGUAAUAAAAUCAAUGCCUUUCGAGGCCGGUGCGCCAAUUUGGGAAGCUCUUCUUGCUGGUUGUCGGAUUCACGGGAACAUGGAAUUAGGUAUUCAAGCUGCUGACCGACUCCUCGAGCUUAUUCCAGGGCAAGAUGGAACCUACAUAAUCCUUUCCAACAUGUAUGCCGCUUUAGGUCAGUGGGAUGAAGUUGCCAGGGUGAGGUUAUUGAUGAGGGAACGGGGAGUGAAGAAAGAACCUGGUUGUAGUUGGGUUGAGGUUGAAAACAUGGUGCAUGUCUUUUUAGUUGAUGAUGCUAGGCACCCUGAGGUGCAAGCAGUGUACACAUAUCUACAGCAGCUGGUAAAUGAAAUGAAGAAAUUGGGGUAUGUCCCUGAUACGAAGUUUGUACUACAUGAUAUGGAGUCAGAACAUAAAGAACAUUCCUUGUCUACGCAUAGUGAAAAGCUUGCUGUUGUUUAUGGAAUUAUGAAGCUUCCUUUAGGAGCUACGAUUCGGGUUUUCAAAAAUUUGAGGAUAUGUGGGGACUGCCAUAAUGCAUUCAAAUACAUUUCUAAAGUAGUGGAACGAGAGAUAGUUGUGAGAGAUAGGAAGAGGUUUCACCAUUUUAAAAAUGGUGAAUGUUCUUGUGGCAAUUACUGGUAGGACGAGGUUCUAUUAUUUGAUUAUCAUCAAGGGUUAAUUAAUGUCAAAAUUGAUCAAACGAAUUUAGAAUAUGAAAUGGAGCCUGGAGCUUUCACUAUCAGAAAUUUGAAAUCAAGACUGAUAACAGCCCCAAAAUGAACUCCAAAAGGACAUUCUAAAGCCAUUUGAAAGGAUAUCCAUGAUCCUCGGUUACUUUUUAUGGUCUACAGGUCGGAAAUUUGUCUUGUCCUAUAAUUCUACUGCACCCACCUUGCACGUGAAUGCUAGAGUUUGAUAAUUGCUAUAUCAAGUCAUUAGGAAUGGAGACCAGUAGCAAUAGUAAGAGAAAUCAGUUCAUUGUUCUUGUUGUGACUCUAAUAGCAAAUGUCAUGUCACAUGUGCUAUCGUUGUUACCUCAGUUUCCUUUACUUUUCUGUUUUAGCUUUUGGUUCAUCUAUUUUUAUGCAUCGGGUACAGCAUUCAACCCAGCAUCAUCUUGCUGGUAGCUGUAGUGAUACAUGCCAUCUUGAUCAUGACUUGGGCAGGGUGGAAGGAGCAAUGAGGUGGUGCUAAGUGCUAACGCUAAAGCUACUUUGAUACGAAAAAGGGACAGAAUUUCGUGCCCUGUUAUCGGCUUUCUAUUCAGCACUCAUCAAUGUGAAGCAGCUCACUUUGGAGGAGCUUUUUCAGUCCAACAUAUGGACUCCAAGUGGAUCCUAGUUCCUAACUGAACUAUCUGAAGGUGCACAAACAAGAAAAGAAGCAUUCUUAUUGAAUACUUUUAUUGUUAUUGUCUUUCCAAAGUUGAAGGCCUGUGAAUCAAAACAGCAGUGAGAUCACACUGAUUGCACAUAUAUGUUUCUUUUCAAGAGUGCUAGACAAUGGCCUUUACCGUGUCUCCCUCUGAAUGAGUUGCUGAGUUCUGCUGUUUUGGGCUGCCUCAAGCAUCUGAUAUAAAUUUAAUAAAUUAUCAUAAUCUAUCCUAUCAUACAUGAAGUGAAAAUCAUAGAUAUAUCUAUCUCUAUAGCACGUGAAAUUAUGGAAUAAACUUUUUUAUGUG